GGCCGUGAAUGAUGAUGAGAUGAGCUAAUAGUUCAUUUCAUCCGCACGAAUUGAGAAGCUGCGUUGCGAGCAUGUCGAUGCAUUCGAAAGGAAACGAUGCAUUAUUACGAUGACCAUUCUUUACAACGCUUCGCUCAUGCUGCAUAAGAUUCAGUAGUCUGUGCAUGGAGGUGCACAUAUUUGUGCAUAUGCAACAUGAGUAUCGCAUCAAGAGAGGCAAACACAAGAAAAACAUUGAGAUGACCACCCCUUUCUUGUUUGCAUUUUGCAUACACCAUGAGUGUCAGCCAAGGUGAAUCUUAUUUGACUUGGGUUUAGCCAAGAUUUAAUUCUGUAAAAAUGGACCCUUAUUUCUUACAUGCUCUCCAAUGUUGUUUGAAGAAGGUUUUGCUCUCAAGCUAUUUGAUUUCCUGCAUUUGUACAUGCAAAUCGAGUGAUUGCAUCCACAAGUAGCUUUUCAUACAACGACCAUUACUUACAUGUAAAAACAAUCUGGGGCUAUUGUGGCAAUAUAUAGAUCACAUUUGGAUUUAUGACUAGAUUAAUUACUUUUGAAUUUUGAAAGGGACCACAAGUGAGCCUGAAAACCAUGUUGAAAACGAUUUUGAUUGGUGGACUGGCACUUUCAAUGCUAUGCUUUCUAUUUGCACAAACUGGAAGUCGUCGUAAUAGGAUUGGAAAUCCUACUACUUCUAUGAAAUAUGGGCCUCCAGAUCAAUCCGAAUUUUACGAUCAUUCCUCCAAUGGCAGACCACCUUCUACGACUGAGCCCUAUUUUAGAAUUGUGAUAUCCAAGAAAGCCAACUUAACCUCGAACAGCACUUCCAAACCCACUUCUGCAAGCGCUUCCACCAGUACUACAGAAACGUCCGAGUACUAUAACGACGUGUAUAGCGACGAUUACGACAAUGACACUGACUACAGUCGAAAUCUUGCCUUGUUCCAAAAUUUAAACGAAACAGAACUCAGAAGAUUUUUUAGUCCGGAUCUAAAUGUCACUACAGCCUCGUCCAAAACCGCUCUCGAUACUACAACAGCAGUUACAACUCAAUAUUCCGCAAGUAUAACGCCAAUGGUCACAUCGCUCAAAUCUUUAACUACACUUGCACAAAACGCAACUCAUCAAGUUCAAUAUUUGUACGAAAAUACGACAGAGAUCAAGUCCACCUCAAUGCCAUCAUCGACGCUAUCAUUAGCUGAAUUUGAAGGUGCGUCCUCGUCCACUCCAAGCAAUACAAAGUUAGCAGAACCGUAUUCCAUGUCAUCACCAUCAACAAUACAUCAGACACCAUCAAACGCUGCAUUCCAAUUUUCCACAAGCAGUGUCCCCACAACUUUGUUGUUGGAUAAGACCACAAUUUCUUCCACUUUGAAGAGUAAAGAUCAUGGUCGCGAAACUGUAACAGAGAUUUUUCAAGUUGACUCAGCUCAGAACAUCAGCCCGAAAACGCCAACAACCACAUUUUCAUACGAAUAUAUAUCCCAAUUUGUCAAGCCAGAAGAACAAUCUUUAACUGAGAGUACGACAGCCAGGUUGGAACCCUCCCUACUAUUGUCAACAACGCCUAGAGGACGAUCAGAAACUAGUGUGACUGAAGCCUUUAAUCAAUCCGGGAAUCAAUUUUUCGUACAGCCAAAAAUUUCAGAUGCAGAUUUGAGAUAUUUACCACCUCCAUCAGCAUCACUUUCCGUGCCAGAAGCCGAGUCUUCCACCGACCACCAAAAUGCAAAUCAAGACGAGUUGCAAAGAAUAAGCGUCACCCCACCUUCCAGACUCUAUCUUCCUCCCAAUCAAAUCUAAAUAAAUGAUUUGCAUAAAAUUGUGAAAUGCAUUUUGUAAUCUAACUGACAGUAAAGUAUGCUUUAUUUAAAUCUUGA